UAGCUUUGGUUUGAACGGUUCCAAGUUCCCAGAAGGAAGGAUUUUCAUUGCAGUUACGUGGAACGUGUAUGUGAGAUAGUUCGAAAAACACCGCACCAAAUAUACAUAUACAUAUAGACGGCGAAAUUUUGUUGGUUCUUUUUCGGCUAAAACACAAACUGUACUCGUAGCAAAAAAAAAAAAAAAAGGAAAUCUAUUAAUUAAUAGGUUUUUAGCCAGGAUAAAGUAAAGGUUAGCGCCGGGCGCUAAUUUACUCUCUUUUUUUUGCAUUUCUUCAUUUACAGUUAAGUUAAAAAGUAGAGCCACACCAUGUUCAUACCGGUGGCCCAGAGCGCUUUCAAAACUUUGCGCCAUGCGCAACCGCGCGUGAGACUCUAUUUCAUCAAUAAGAAUGGCUACUCCAGUCAGGUGGAAUAUAAACCAAUACGUUCGGUGCUGGUGGCCAAUCGUGGUGAGAUUGCCAUACGUGUAUUCCGUGCCUGUACCGAAUUGGGAAUCAAAUCGGUGGCCGUCUACUCGGAACAGGAUAAAAUGCAUAUGCAUCGCCAGAAGGCCGAUGAAUCGUAUAUGGUGGGCAAGGGUUUGCCACCGGUGGAGGCCUAUUUGAACAUUCCAGAGAUCAUACGUGUGUGCAAAGAGAAUGAUGUGGAUGCUGUGCAUCCUGGUUAUGGUUUUCUCUCAGAGCGCAGUGAUUUUGCCCAGGCUGUGAUCGAUGCUGGUCUUCGUUUCAUUGGCCCCUCACCGAAGGUGGUACAAAAUAUGGGUGAUAAGGUGGCUGCUCGUGUCGCUGCCAUUGAGGCAGGAGUGCCCAUUGUGCCGGGUACCGAUGGCCCAGUGACCACCAAAGAGGAGGCUCUUGACUUCUGCAAGAAACAUGGACUACCAGUGAUUUUCAAAGCUGCCUAUGGCGGUGGUGGACGUGGCAUGCGUGUGGUACGCAAAAUGGAGGAAGUCGAAGAGAGUUUUCAGCGUGCCAGUUCUGAGGCGAAGGCUGCCUUUGGCAAUGGAGCCAUGUUUAUUGAGAAGUUCAUUGAACGUCCGCGGCACAUUGAGGUGCAAUUGUUGGGCGACAAGGCUGGCAAUGUGGUGCAUCUGUAUGAACGUGAUUGUUCGGUGCAACGUCGUCAUCAGAAGGUCGUGGAGAUUGCCCCCGCUCCACGUUUGCCCACCGAAAUACGCGACAAGAUGACCGAAGCGGCUGUUCGUUUGGCCCGUCAUGUGGGCUACGAAAAUGCUGGAACUGUGGAAUUCUUGGCCGAUGAGUCGGGUAACUUUUACUUUAUCGAAGUGAAUGCCCGUCUCCAGGUGGAGCAUACAGUGACUGAAGAGAUUACUGGCAUUGAUUUGGUCCAAUCACAAAUUCGCAUUGCCGAGGGCAUGACUUUGCCCGAAUUGGGUUACACUCAGGAUAAGAUUCAACCACGUGGCUAUGCCAUUCAGUGCCGUGUGACCACUGAGGAUCCUGCCAAUGAUUUCCAACCCAAUACAGGACGUCUGGAGGUCUUCCGUUCCGGUGAGGGUAUGGGUAUUCGUCUAGACAGUGCCUCAGCCUAUGCUGGAGCCAUUAUUUCACCCUACUACGACUCCCUGUUGGUUAAGGUUAUUUCACAUGCCAGUGAUCUGCAGAGUUCCGCCUCCAAGAUGAAUCGUGCUCUGCGCGAAUUCCGUAUUCGUGGUGUCAAAACCAAUAUUCCCUUCCUACUCAAUGUGCUGGAGAAUCAAAAGUUUUUGCAUGGCGUUCUGGAUACCUAUUUCAUUGAUGAACAUCCACAGCUCUUUAAAUUUCGUCCCACACAGAAUCGUGCCCAGAAAUUGCUCAACUAUUUGGGUGAAGUUCUAGUCAAUGGGCCACAAACUCCAUUGGCCACCGGUUUGAAGCCAGCCGAAGUUAAUCCUCAUGUGCCAACUGUCCCAUUGGACUUGUCCCCGGAAGCAUUAGAACGUGAAGAACGUGGUGAGGCCAAAGUGACAGAACCUCCACAGGGCUUGCGUGAUAUUAUUGUACGUCAGGGUCCGGAGGCUUUUGCCAAGGAAGUGCGUGGCCGCAAGAACUUAAUGCUGAUGGACACAACUUUCCGUGAUGCCCAUCAAUCGUUGCUGGCCACCCGUGUGCGUUCCCAUGAUCUGUUGAAGAUCUCUCCGUAUGUGGCGCAUAAGUUUAACAAUUUGUACUCAUUGGAGAAUUGGGGAGGUGCCACUUUCGAUGUCGCACUGCGUUUCCUGCACGAAUGCCCAUGGGAACGUUUGGAGGAGAUGCGCAAGCGCAUACCGAAUAUUCCAUUCCAGAUGCUCUUGCGUGGCGCCAAUGCCGUAGGCUAUACCAGUUAUCCGGAUAAUGUGGUCUACAAGUUCUGUGAACUGGCGGUGCAAACUGGCAUGGAUAUCUUCCGAGUUUUCGACUCUUUGAAUUAUUUGCCCAAUUUGAUUUUGGGGAUGGAAGCAGCUGGUAAAGCUGGUGGUGUAGUUGAGGCAGCCAUUUCCUAUACUGGCGAUGUCAGCGAUCCCAAGAGAACCAAAUACGAUCUGAAAUACUAUACCAAUCUGGCCGAUGAGCUGGUCAAGGCUGGAACUCAUGUGCUCUGUAUUAAGGAUAUGGCUGGUUUGUUGAAACCCGAAGCCGCUAGACUUUUAAUCACUGCCAUUCGUGAUAAGCAUCCCGAUGUUCCAAUCCAUAUCCAUACCCAUGACACUUCGGGAGCCGGCGUGGCCUCUAUGCUGGCUUGUGCUCAGGCCGGUGCCGAUGUAGUCGAUGUUGCCGUCGAUUCUAUGAGCGGCAUGACCUCGCAGCCCAGCAUGGGUGCCGUGGUGGCCUCCCUGCAGGGCACUCCUCUGGAUACCAAUUUGGAUUUGCGUGAUGUGUCGGAAUACUCGGCCUUCUGGGAGCAAACUCGUACUCUAUAUGCUCCAUUCGAGUGCACCACCACGAUGCGUUCGGGCAAUGCUGAUGUCUAUCUGAAUGAGAUUCCCGGCGGUCAGUACACGAACUUGCAGUUCCAGGCCUUUUCAUUGGGUCUUGGCGAUUUCUUCGAGGAUGUCAAGAAGGCAUAUCGAGAGGCCAAUUUGCUUCUCGGAGACAUCAUCAAGGUGACACCAUCGUCCAAGGUGGUUGGUGAUCUUGCCCAGUUUAUGGUGCAGAAUAAUCUGACUGCCGAUCAGGUUCUGGAGAAGGCCGAGGAGUUGUCGUUCCCCAAAUCGGUGGUCGAGUAUUUGCAGGGAUCAAUUGGUAUUCCACAUGGCGGUUUCCCAGAACCUCUGCGCUCCCGUGUACUCAAGGAUAUGCCACGCAUUGAGGGACGUCCCGGUGAGGAGCUUGAGCCAUUGGACUUUUCCAAGCUGAAGGAGGACCUGAAGGAAUCUCAUGCCAAUAUCAGUGAUCGCGAUGUUAUGUCCGCGGCCUUGUAUCCUCAGGUUACCAAUGAUUAUCUACAUUUCCGUGAGAAGUUCGGACCAGUCGAUAAAUUGGAUACGCGCAUCUUCCUUACUGGACCCAAAGUGGGAGAAGAAUUUGAAGUCUCUUUGGAGAAGGGUAAGACACUCAGCUUGAAGGCCAUGGCCAUGGCAGCUGAUCUGAAACCCAAUGGCGAUCGGGAAGUCUUCUUUGAAAUGAACGGACAAUUGCGUACGGUUCACAUUCUGGACAAGGAAGCUGUUAAGGAAAUCCAUGUCCAUCCCAAGGCCAACAAAUCGGUCAAGAGCGAAGUUGGUGCCCCCAUGCCGGGAACAGUUAUUGAUAUUCGUGUCGAUGUUGGUGACAAAGUGGAGAAGGGUCAACCUUUGGUUGUUCUCUCGGCCAUGAAAAUGGAAAUGGUUGUCCAGGCCCCACAGGCUGGCGUGGUCAAGAAAUUGGAAAUCAGCAAUGGCAUGAAAUUGGAGGGUGAUGAUCUCAUCAUGAUUAUCGAGUAAAUUCUUUCUCUUCUCACCAAAUGGCCAGAGUGAAAGAAUUGAGAACAAGAGACCAUGCUGCCCGCCCCGUGCCCCUUUCCCUAACCCCUUCCUAUCCAUCUGAAAACAAAAAAUGGAUUACUUUAAGUGAAAUGUGAAAAGUCGUGAUAGUCCUAGAACCGAACAUCCUCGUUUUUGUAAAUCUUUAAAAAUAUGUAUCAAAUAUCUUUGGAAAUCUUUAAAACGAAAAACGAAAAGAAAAUUAUCAUAUGUAUAGUUCUAUAUACACAUAAACAUAUACAUAUAUACCUAUGUACAUAUGUAUGUAUUUAUAGUACGUGUUUUAGUCAGCUCGCGCACAAAAACCAACAAAUUUUUAUUGUCGAUUUUUUGUAUGCCAAAUUAAAGUACCCCCUCCUUCGUCUGAACCAGAUUCUGUGUAGCGAAUAUUUCCUAAGUGGUUAUAAAUGUUGAAUAAUAUCUAUUUUGAAAUAAAUGUUAAAUACUA